AUGGAAAGUAGCAUAGACUUGAAGAUGAAGGAGUUUGUUGUAAAAGACUGGGACUCAAACUUCCAGUUUGGUUUCAACAAAGGCACGCAAGAGACUAGAGAGCACUACGAGCGCUACGAAGGUAUGAAGACAAAAUAUGCAGAAGAGAUAGAGGUUGAGAAGCUCAAUGCAAAGAUUGAGGUCAUAGUCCAGGUCGAGAAGGUUUUUGGACAUAUUAAAGAGAAAAAAAAGGCUUGA